CUCUAAAGAUGCUAGGUGACCUUGGAAGGAAAAGUGAUGAUAAUGGAAGAAAAUGUCCCACUGCUGAGGUAACUUUCUUUCCCAUUUUCUUAGUGAUGAAGUAGUCUUCUUCUUCAUCUCCCUUCUAGGUCAUUGCAACAAGAGCAAAACAGGGUUUCAGUUUUUGAUGAUCAGAAGAUGGAGAGGAAGCAAUGGAAGAAGGCUGAAACUGCACCCAAAGAUUUGAUGGGUUUGGUAUUUUCUUGGUCUCUGAAAGAUAUACUCAACAAAAAUCUUUACAAAAACAAGGUGAAAAUGAUCCCUGAUACGUUCUUGUCUGUGUCUCAUUACUUGACAUCAUUCAUUUACCCGCUUAUCGAGGAAACGCAUGCUGAUUUAUUGUCAAGCAUGACAAUGGUUUCUCAAGCUCCCCUAUGUGAAAUACUCUCUGUUGAAACAACUAAAGAUUAUGAACCUCCCACAAACUUGAAGUACAAGAUUACACUGAAGGUAAUAAGGAAUAAUGGAAAUGAUGCAGAAAUAUAUGAACCUGAGACUGGGGAUCUGAUUGCAUUGACAGAUGUAAGACCAAAAUGCAUCAGUGAUUUAAACAGGCCUAAGAUAUCUUAUACUGUUGCUUCAGUUGUAGCAAAGCCAGUAAGAGACCCUGAUGAACCGCCACCAGAGGAAGACACUUGUAUAGUGCUCUCAUCAAAGCCCAUUGAGUUUGAGCAAAACAUGGAGACAAAUAAGAAGAGGAAAACUCUUUUUGCUGUUUUCCUAAUAAAUAUGAUAACUAAUAAUCGUAUAUGGGCAGCAUUGAAUAUAGGUCCAGACCUGGGCAACAAGAGUAUUAUUCAGAAAGUGCUGCAACCUGAUUCCUUGGCUGGGGAAGAAUGUGCCCUCUGCAGCUCUGAUUCAGUAUCAAACUCGGAGCCCAUGGUCAGUUCUUUUGAUCUAAAUGACUCUCAAAAGGCUGCAGUGCUAAGCUGUAUCGCUGCAAGGGAGUGUCAUCAUCAGAAUAGUAUCAAACAAAUAUGGGGGCCUCCUGGGACUGGGAAAACAAAGACGGUUGCUACAUUACUAUUUGCACUCUAUAGGAUGAAAUGCAGAACAGUAACAUGUGCUCCUACUAAUAUUGCAGUGUUAACAGUUACAGAGAGGCUGGUGGGUUUGGUUAGAGAUUCAAAUGAAUAUGGCACUUAUGGACUGGGAGAUAUACUUCUAUUUGGGAAUGGUAAGCGAAUGAAGAUUGAUGAUCAUCGUGACCUACACGAUGUCUUUCUUGAUUUCCGUGUUAAAAUUCUAGCAAACUGUUUUUCCCCACGUUCUGGGUGGAAGCAUUCUUUAGAAUCUAUGAUAUGUUUGCUUGAAGACCCUAAGGAAAUGUAUUCUACCUACUUGAGAGAGAGGAUGAACCAGGGAAAGGGAGUUCAAACCAAUCAAGAGAAAGAGGAGGACAUCCAGUCUCAAUCCUUCAACAAAGACGGAAGAAAGAACAAGAAAAGUUGGAUGAGGAAAGAUAUUGAACGAACUUUAAAAAAUAGCAAGAAAGGGAAAGGGAAAAAACAGCAAGACAAGAAUAGCGAAGGAGCAACUGAUGGAAGUUGUGAUAAACUUCUCACAUUGGAAGAGUUCUUCAAGAAAAAAUUUUAUGACAUUGUAAAUAAUCUGAAAUUUUGCAUUCCAAAAUUGCGUACCCACUUACCAACUUCUCUCAUUCCUUUAGAAGUAGCAAAAAAUAUGAUUGGAGCUCACAGAUUGCUAGAAUCUUUCAUAACUUUGUUCCAAAAUGUUUCUGUUGAAAGUAAAGGGUUGAAGGAAGUCAUCGAAAAAAUUGGAGAUGCAGGAAAAAGUGUUGAUCGCUUCUGUAAAUUCCAUAAGACCAGAAGAAAGUUCCUUGAAAUACUCAGAUGCCUUCGCCAAGCAAUUGAAGUUCCAAAUACUACUGAUCAUUAUCGGAUCAAAAGUUUUUGUUUACAGAAUGCGACCUUGCUUUUCUGCACUGCAUCAAGCUCAGCAAAAAUUCCAGUAGGUGGGAAACCCAUUGAAUUGUUGGUUAUUGAUGAAGCUGCUCAGCUAAAGGAAUGUGAGUCAGCCAUCCCUCUACAAAUUUCCGGUAUCCGCCAUGCCAUUCUCAUAGGGGAUGAGUUGCAACUACCGGCAAUGGUUAAGAGCAAGAUUUCUGAGGAGGCCAAAUUUGGAAGAAGUUUGUUCCAGAGGCUGGUAUUGUUAGGACACAGAAAGCACCUUCUCAAUCUCCAGUACAGAAUGCAUCCAUCCAUAAGCUUGUUUCCAAAUAGAGAGUUCUAUGACAAUCUGAUUUUGGAUGCUCCCAAUGUCAAGGAGAGAAAAUAUGAAAGGUCUUACCUGCAUGGAAACAUGUAUGGUAGCUACUCCUUUAUAAACGUAGCCUAUGGAAAAGAGGAAUUUGAUUACAGGUAUAGCACAAGAAACAUGGUGGAGGUAGUUGUGGUCUCUGAGAUGGUUGCAACCCUUGCUAAAGCAACCAAGGGCAGGAAACAGAGGGUAAGUGUUGGUAUCAUAUCACCAUACAAGGCUCAAGUUUAUGCAAUUCAAGAUAGACUGGGAAAGAAAUACACAUCAAGUGCAGAUGGUAAAUUCUCUGUGAGUGUUCGUUCUGUUGAUGGGUUUCAAGGGGGUGAGGAGGAUAUCAUUAUUAUCUCCACUGUCAGAUGUAAUUUGAAAGGUUCAGUGGGAUUCAUUUCUAAUCGUCAACGCACAAAUGUGGCUCUAACCCGAGCAAGGUAUUGCCUUUGGAUAUUUGGAAAUGGUCCAACUCUAGAACACAGUGGUACUGUUUGGGGGAAACUAGUCAAUGAUGCCAAAGAUCGGGGGUGUUUCCAUAAUGCUGAAGAGGACAAUAACUUAGCUCGGGCUAUCACUACAUCCUUGGUUGAACUUGGCGAGCUUCAUCUUUUACAGAAGCAAGAUUCAUUACUCUUCAGGAAGGCAAGAUGGAAGGUUCACUUCUCAGAUGAUUUUUGGAAAUCCAUGGUAAGAAUUAAGAGUGUCGAGAUUCAUAACAAGGUGUUUUGUCUAUUGGAGAAGCUUUCAAGUGGUUGGCGUCGACCCGACAAUGAGGCAAACCCUAACACCAUCAAUGGGACUUGUUUGCAACUGUUGGAGCUGUACAAGGUCACUAAAAUACUCAAUCUAGUUUGGAGUGUAGAGAUUCUCAAGGAAGAUUCAAACUACAUCCAGGUUUUGAAGGUUUGGGACAUUUUGCCAAUGGAAAGAACACCAAAACAAGCAGCGCGUCUAGAGAACUUGUUUGGGAACAAACGAGUGAUUGAUAUGGACCACUGCAAAUUCAAAUGUGUAGAAGGGAAUCUUGAAGUUCCUAUGACAUGGCCAGCGGAUGAUGAACCAGAACAGUCGUUGAGUUCAUUUAAAUCACUCAGUCUUCAGAGUUGAAUUGUAAGCAUCUGCUACAAUAUGAGGGUUGAUGAAUUAUUUCGUUAAUGUUAUGUAUCAGAAAUCAUGUGAAGUUCCAAAUGAAGCGCAGGCUCUAAUCAGUUGGAAUGAGAAGAGAGUAAAGGGAAGAAGAAAUGCUCGAUAUGUUGAUGCCUACAAAUAGUAUGAUGCCCACAAAUAGCCUAAAAAAUUCAGUAUGAUUGGCUCUUGUUUACAGCUUUUAAAUUCAGUCAUGAUAUGGUUUGUCUGUUAUCUUGAUUUUUAGUGCUUUCAAAGCCUGUUUAAUCCUGUUUCAGAUCA